GUAUUGUUGUUCUAGUUUUAGUCAAUCCAAAUCGCUAUGUCAAUACAAAUUCUCUGCACAGGCCACAUAUUCAUUCUUUGUUAAAUUGCAGUCAGUGGGUGAAAUGAGAUUAGUUUAGCUUGUAGAGCUAACAAUUUACUGGCAAGUAAUACAUCUUACAUAACGUAAAACACUGUUUAAAUAAUAGAUGAACUAGUUGGCAGAGCAACCUGGACUCAGGGGUAGACGUAACACGGCGGGGAUGUAAAAUAUGAUCACCAGGGGAAAGCAACACCUGGGUCCACGUAGUACGUUCCCAACCAUGAGGAGGUGACAGCCAGCUAACUCUGCUGCUAGGUCUUGCUGAUUGGACAUAUGGCAAGGAUCACUUUCUCAUGCCUGCCAGCCUCCUGGUACUGCAGUGUGUCCUUGCUGUCUCUGGGCUGUGUGCCCAGGCAAAGGGCCUUCUUCCUGGUGUUCCUCACCUGCUCUGCCCUGGUUUUCCUGGGGGUCUACCAGACUGAGCUCUGGGGGCCCCAGCGCCACAGGGGACAUGUCAACAAAUACCUCUCAUCUGUGGAGACCAUGGAGGCUACGGAUGUCACCAACGCAGCUCUAAACUACGGGAUCGUGGUGGACUGCGGCAGCAGCGGCUCCAGGGUGUAUGUGUACUACUGGCCCCCCCACCAUGGAAACCUCCACACCCUGCUGGACAUCAGGCAGAUGAGGGACCACGACCGCCACCCUGUGGUCAAGAAGAUCAAACCUGGUAUUUCCACCAUGGCGCUGAGCCCAGCCAAGGCCAGUGACUACCUCCACCCCCUCCUUUCCUUCGCUGCCACCCAUGUCCCCAGGAAGAAACACAAGGAGACUCCUCUCUAUAUCCUCUGUACUGCUGGCAUGAGACUGCUGCCUGAGAGUCAGCAGGCUGCUAUCCUGGAGGACCUGGUAAGAGAUGUUCCAGUGGAGUUUGACUUCCUGUUCUCCAGCUCCCAUGCAGAGGUGAUCUCUGGGAAACAGGAAGGUGUGUAUGCAUGGAUUGGUAUUAACUUUGUGUUGGGACGCUUUGACCAUGCGGAGUACGAAGAUGAUGCAAUGGUGGAGGUCACUACAGGGUCACAGAACCAUCACCCAAUUAGCCGGCGGCGUACAGUGGGCAUCAUGGACAUGGGCGGAGCCUCGCUGCAGAUCGCCUAUGAGGUGCCUAGCGCGGUCCACUUCAGUUCACCUGAACAGGAGGAGUCUGGUAAGAGCCUGCUGGCAGAGUUUAACCUGGGCUGUGAUUCAGAGCACACGCAGCACGUCUAUCGUGUAUAUGUCACCACCUUCCUGGGCUUCGGGGGGAACAUGGCUCGACAACGCUACGAAGACCAGCUGGUCAACUCCACCAUCACCAAGAACAGACUGACAGGCGAUCAGACAGGCAUGAUGGAAGCCACGCCCCUUGCAGACCCAUGCCUCCCUGUCGGCCUAUCAGACGUGGUGCGUCGGGACGGCCGUGCGGUCCACCUGAGAGGGCAGGGGGACUGGGCGCGGUGUCAGGGGGCAGUCAGGCCUUUCCUGGGUCUCCACAACGGCACCAUGGGAUCCCCCAGGGGGGUGUACCAGGCCCCCAUCGACUACAGCAACUCAGAGUUCUAUGGCUUCUCUGAGUUCUUCUACUGCACCGAGGAUGUACUGAGGAUGGGGGGACCGUAUGACAGCGCCAAGUACUCCAAGGCUGCCACGGACUAUUGUGCCACCAAGUGGUCAACCCUCACCAAGCGUCUAGACAGCAAGCUGUUCUCUAAACAAGCGGACUCCUCCAGACUGAAGUACCAGUGUUUUAAGUCAGCCUGGAUGUUCCAGGUGCUCCACUCAGGCUUCAGGUUCCCUAAGGACUACCCCAGCCUGAAGACUGCUCAGCUGGUCUAUGACAAGGAGGUGCAGUGGACCCUGGGAGCCAUCCUGUUUAAGACACGCUUCCUGCCUCUCAGGGACCUCCAGGCAGAGUCGUUUAAACAGGGCCACUCCAACUGGCUGCGUUCCUCCUUCGUCUACAACCAUUACCUGUUUUUUGCCUGUAUCCUGGUUGUCCUGCUGGCCAUUCUGCUGUACAUCCUCCGCCUCCGCAGGAUCCACCAGCGAGAACAGAGGCAGGCUGAGGCCCUGGACCUGCUCUGGGUGGAGGAGGGGGAGGCUCUUCUGGCCUGAUCCAGGAUCCGUUUAGACUCUGAAUCUUUCUUGACCUGAGGCCUUGGGUGUGGGGGGGGUUACUGAUCUAGGAUGAGUGGAGAUGCUCUCAGUAACUGGUGUUCAUAGCCUGGUAUGCACAGCUCUAGGAUCAACCUUUCACCCUCUUAGUUGUAGGCUUGACUGGUGCUCUAUUUGUUAAGAGGCACUGAUCUAGGAUCAGAUGAUCAACCACAAAUCAUGACCUUGACUGGAACCAACGGCCUGUUGGGACAAUGAUCUAGGACCAGCUUAGUCACGCUGAAUCAUAACGUUGACUAAUGGCUAGAAAUGCAAUAGCAACGUCAUCCUACAACGAAGGUUUGAAUUAUGGGGGUGCUGGACACUCCCGUUUUUACACAUCUUUACACCCCAGAUACAGAUAUCAACGCUGACCUGACCGCGAGCUCCCUCGUAAAACAGAAAAUAUCAACCAAGGUCCAAAUCACUAUUUAUAGUAACCUCUGACCUAGAGUGUUGAUGUAAACAUAAGUAGGAGGGACCAUGGAACUGGACCCUUCAAAAGGGGGAGGAGAAUUGCAGGAUGUGGGCGAAACAUCAUAAAGAGGGAACUGGAUCGUUAAAACAACGAAACAGGAAAAUCCCAACAGGUGAAAGACUGAGGACCGAGCCAUUCUAUUUCUAUUGUAGGUUAUUCACUGUUGCAGAGGGACCACUGUAUUGGCCAUUUUGUUUGAAGGAAGGUGAAGCUUGACGUUUGAGGCUGAAGUUGUCCUUAACCACAGAUCUAGAAUCAAGUAACCUACUCCUAAUCCUAACCUUAACCAUUAGGGGAAUGCAAAUAAAAUCUGACCCUGUAUCUGUGGUUAGGGGUAACUUCUAGCUACUCUUUGUUGAAAAGGUUGCCUUUGAUUGUCUGUUUGGACAGUAUUGUAACCAUGACGAUACCAACUUUGUGUCUGACCAGUAUACUUCCUGUAAAUCUCACAAACAGGAAGUGCAUUAAUUCCUUAAUAAUCCCACUGUGGUAAUGCUUUUGAUUUGAAGCUUUCAAAUAGAAAAAGGCUUUAUUGAUUUGUAUUGAAAAACUACAAUGAGGAAUCAAACAUGGGGCGGAAGGUAGCCUAGUGGUUAGAGCGUUGGGCCAGUAACCGAAAGGUUGCUUGAUCGAACCCCCGAGAUGACAAGGUAAAAAUCUGUCGUUCUGCCCCUGAACAAGGCAGUUAACCCACUGUUCCCCGGGCGCCGAAGACGUGGAUGUCGAUUAUGGCAGCCCCCCGCACCUCUCUGAUUCAGAGGGGUUAAAUGCAGAAGACACAUUUCAGUUGAAUGCAUUCAGUUGUACAACUGACUAGGUAUCCCCCUUUCCCUUCUCAAACUAUUUAUUACAGGGGUUCAUUGAAUCCGAAAUGUUUGAGAUGUAUCUUCUUAACGUUUUUAAGCGGUUUGUUUUGGUGCUGGGAACAGUUUGUUCUGAGCCAGUUCUGUUGAUGACAAGCUAGGAGAGUGAAACGGGUUGUCAGUGUUUCAUGGAUUGAAGUUGAUGCCGUCUGAUUGCAUUGUGUUGAACUGUGGUACAAACACACACAACUGAACUCCAAGAUGUGUGUUACGGUCGGUCUAUGUCAGACUGUCAAUGUUAGUUACCCACCAGCUCCUCACCUGCCCUGUACUGUAAAUAUCCAAUCAGCCAUCACUAUCGGUCUUCUCUACUCCUCUUGAUAAUGUUGGGAGGUAUUGCUGUUGUUAAAUGAGAUGCAUUGAAUUGCUAAUAAAAGGAGCUGUCUUGUUAUUUUGAAGCUGUAUAAUUUGAGUGGUCACAAUGCAAGUGGAAGUGUAGCGUCAGUGAUUUUAAUGUCAAUUCUUCACACUUGCUUUUGACUGUUUCUACGGCUGAAAUCUUCAAGUGCAGCAUUUGAAUGUGAUCUUAUACCAUCCCUCGGUUUUACCUCUUGUCAGUUUUUGACCAGUUUGUUUUAUUGUAGAUUUUAACAAGAGGAAGGGGGCCUCUAAUUGUUGCAGCUCUAUUUUGAAUUUUGACUCUUCCUAAAGAAGGGCCAAUGAUCAACUGGACCAAGGUUGUGUUCCAAAUGGCACCCUAUUCCCUAUAUAGUGCACUACGUUAGAGCGGGGCCCUAUUCCCUAUAUAGUGCACUACUUUAGAGCGGGGCCCUAUUCCUUAUAUAGUGCACUACGUUAGAGCGGGGCCCUAUUCCCUAUAUAGUGCACUACUUUAGAGCGGGGCCCUAUUCCCUAUAUAGUGCACUACUUUAGAGCGGGGCCCUAUUCCCUAUAUAGUGCACUACGUUAGAGCGGGGCCCUAUUCCCUAUAUAGUGCACUAUGUUAGAGCGGGGCCCUAUUCCCUAUAUAGUGCACUACUUUAGAGCGGGGCCCUAUUCCCUAUAUAGUGCACUACGUUAGAGUGGGGCCCUAUUCCCUAUAUAGUGCACUACUUUAGAGCGGGGCCCUAUUCCCUAUAUAGUGCACUACGUUAGAGCGGGGCCCUAUUCCCUAUAUAGUGCACUACUUUAGAGUGGGGCCCUAUUCCCUAUAUAGUGCACUACGUUAGAGUAGGUCCCAUAGGGCUUGGGAUUAAAGUAUUGCACAAUGUAGUAAAUAGGGUGUCAUUUGGGGCGUAAUCCGAACUGUCUUGUCGGUCUCUUGUUGAGGAAAAAUAACUCAACAUGGAUGUGGAAAACAAACAUCUGUUUUAAAUAAAUCAACGUUUUAAAACA